CCCGCCUCCCGGUGUCACGCGACGGUCUCCACCUCCCGCCCUUCCCUCUCUACCUCCCGGCCCUCCCGGCCAGUGAUGAGAUAUUCGGACAGGUGGGGAAGUGGCCACGGCAAUCGAAAUCACGUCCACGAGCGCGACCAUGGCCGAGUGUCACACCCAGAAUAAAGCCAAGCUCGUCUCUGAGACCCGACGGAGAUUCGAAGCUGAUUAUGUGACAGAUAAGUCAGAUAAAUAUGAUCCACGUGAUGUUGAAAGGCUACAACAAGAUGAUAACUGGGUUGAAAGUUACUUACUUUGGAGGCAUAAUAAUGUCGAUGAAACUCUGAAGAUGCUUGAUGAGAGUUUUCAGUGGAGGAAAGAAAUGUCUGUCAACGACCUCACUGAAUCUUCCAUUCCCAGAUGGUUAUUGGAAAUAGGUGGUAUUUAUCUGCACGGUUAUGACAAAGAAGGCAACAAGUUGUUCUGGAUCAGGGUGAAGUAUCACAUAAAAGACCAUAAAACCACACUGGACAAAAAGAAGCUUAUCGCAUUCUGGUUGGAACGUUAUGCUAAAAGAGAAAAUGGGAAACCUGUAACAGUGAUGUUUGACCUGUCAGAAACUGGAAUAAAUAGCAUAGACAUGGACUUUGUGCGCUUUAUCAUCAACUGCUUUAAGGUUUAUUACCCUAAAUACCUCUCAAAAAUGGUGAUCUUUGAUAUGCCUUGGAUAAUGAAUGCUGCUUUCAAAAUUGUGAAAUCCUGGCUUGGACCAGAAGCAGUGAGUUUGUUGAAGUUUGCAAGUAAAAAUGAAGUCCAAGACUAUGUCAGUGUAGAAUACCUGCCUCCCCACAUGGGUGGAACUGAUCCUUUCAAGUAUAGCUACCCACCACUAGUAGAUGAUGAUUUCCAGACACCAUUGUGUGAAAAUGGACCUAUUGCCAGUGAAGAUGAAGCUUCAAGUAAAGAAGAUCUAGAGAGUGAUGGCAAAGAAACCUUGGAAACAAUUUCCAGUGAAGAACAAACAGCUCUUCUAAAAAAGAUUAACGUUACCGAACAUACUUCCAAAGCAGAGGAAAAUGAAAAGGUUGAUUCCAAAAUGAAAGCUUUCAAAAAACCAUUGAGUGUGUUUAAAGGGCCCUUACUACACAUCAGCCCAGCAGAAGAACUGUAUUUUGGAAGUACAGAAUCUGGAGAGAAGAAAACUUUAAUAGUGUUGACAAAUGUAACUAAAAACAUUGUGGCGUUUAAGGUGAGAACAACUGCUCCAGAAAAAUACAGAGUCAAGCCAAGCAACAGCAGUUGUGACCCUGGAGCUUCAGUUGACAUAGUUGUGUCUCCCCACGGGGGUUUAACAGUCUCUGCCCAAGACCGUUUUCUGAUAAUGGCUGCAGAAAUGGAACAGUCAUCUGGCACGGGCCCAGCAGAAUUGACUCAGUUCUGGAAAGAGGUUCCCAGAAACAAAGUGAUGGAACAUAGGUUAAGAUGCCAUAUUGUUGAGAGCAGUAAACCAACCACCCUUACGUUAAAAGACAAUGCUUUUAACAUGUCAGAUAAAACCAGUGAAGAUCUUUAUCUACAACUCAAUCGUUUACUAGAAAGCAAUAGGAAGCUUGAAGAUCAAGUUCAGCGGUGUAUCUGGUUCCAGCAGCUGCUGCUUUCCUUAACAAUGCUCUUGCUUGCUUUUGUCAUGUCUUUCUUCUAUUUGUUGUACACUUAAAGAAGUGGAGUUCAGUGAGAAACAUGGCUCUUUCGCUCAUUAGUUGGAAAAAGACCCAGAACUUCAUGUUACUAAAAGUUUUGCACAUCUGUGCUUCCUGAAAGGAAACGUGCAACACUUAGAGGGGAACAAAUACGUGUCUUGAAAAUAAACUCUGUUAAAAUGAGGAAACACUGGAGAAAUUGAGUAUAAGAGAUCAUAGUUAUAGUUAAUAAAGUCAAGGCAUAGCCAUUGUGUAAAUUAAUACUUUAGAUAUAAUUUAUUUUUUCCUUUUGAUUUGAAUACUUCUAAAGUUUGUUUUAUAUGUAUACAUUAGCUGGACUGAAAAGUAGAAGUAACAAGCUUUGUCACAGCCAAAAAAUGUAAUCUUUUUUUUAUGACAAAAUCAUUAUAGCUGAGCCAACUUAUUAGCUUUUCUAUACUAUGUAUAUAGAACAUGUAUAUUGAAAAAAAAAACCCGUACUUAAUACAGAUUAAUUUCUGUGAACAUGACUUUGUAAUUUUGAGAAUUCCUUCCAGAUGCUAGUCAAUAUUCUUUGGGUAUGUGAAACAAUUUAAUGCCAAACCACCUUUAGCCUUUGUUUCUUAUCUGUCUUCCUUAACAGUCUGCCUUUUAUUAAUCUCGGACUUUUUUAUGAACACUCACAUUUAGACAGAAUUUGGGAAACUAAGUUUGCUUGGGUUUUCUUGGUCCUCUCUUCCAGUCUUUUUUAUGCAGUUUCCCAUCGCUCACUGGGGCGGGACACUGACCCCCAUGCUGCAUUUCUUAUAAGGGUCUAAUCCUCCUUUUUCUAAAUGACAGGAGUUAAAAUUUCUUUGAAACCUUGGUUUUGAGAUGCAGAGCAGAAUUCAUUCACAUUUCAGUUUCGCGUGAAAAUCGGCCACAAGAAGGAAACUUGACACAACACUGGAGUACCUAUAAGCAUGGGGGGAAAAAAAUCAAAACUCAAGUGUCGGUUCUCCAUUUAGGAAUGAAAACUAGAAUUCCUAGACCAGGGCUGUUGCACUUGCUGGAUACUCUGCCUUCGUCACAGUAAUCCUGAGGGUGGUCCCUAAAUUCCUAAAAUGAUACAACUUGCAGGGGCAGAGGCGGAUGAAAUCAGUUUGUUUUCUCACUCACACAGCCAUUUUCAGUUCUCGUCGGUUCACAUGUAACUAUCUGAAAGAAAACAUAGUCUGCCUGUUAAAUAAAUGUUGAGUUUUGAUUGA